AUGUCUACCAAGUGUUCGAUAAAAGUCUUCAAUGGCAAAACAAGGUUAAAGAAACUUGACACAGCAAGAGUUACACCUUGCUGUGACAAACAGAAAUUGAUCAAAGGUUUGUAUAGUUCUUGCCGUGCUCUGAGCAAGCCAAAGCAACUCAGACACAACAAGAUCUGUACAUUCAAACAUAACAGCAUAAGAGAUGAAACACGUAGGCUAUCAAGUGUUGAUAAACAUGUUUUGAUUUCUUCACCUAAAGUUAAUCACAACUCGAUUGAAACUCUCAUUGGCUCCAACUACACCAAAUGGAGGGAAGAUGUGGAAAUUGCUCUAGGAUUGCUGGACUAUGCGAUGGCUAUUGAAGAAGAUGCUCCUGCAGAACCAAAUGCAGAUGCAUCUGCUGGAGCGAAAUCAAAAUAUGCAAAAUGGGUCAAGGCAAACAAAAUGGCUAUUCUAAUCAUGAGAAAGUCAAUUUCACCAUCUAUCAGGGGAAGCAUUACAUCAUGUAAUAAUGCCAAGAAGUUUAUUGAUUCCAUUGGGGAAAAGUUUCAGGAAUCAGAAAAGGCUGAGAUUGGAACUCUAAUGGGACAGCUUACUGAUACAAAAUACAAUGGGGAAAGAUGUGUGAGAACACACAUACUAAACAUGCUGGAAAUUGGGAACAAACUGAAGGCACUCAAAGUCAAUGUGGAUGAAACAAUGAUGGUGCAUUUUGCUAUAAAUUCUCUGCCUAGUACUUUCAAGCAUCUAAGAAGCACAUAUGUAGCUCACAAGGAGAAGUGGACAAUAACUGACCUUAUAAGUAUUUGUGCGCAAGAAGAACAAAAUAUGAAGAAAGAUAAGGCUGAAGAAAAGAUUAAUAUGGUUCAGAACAACUUCAAAAGGGAUUUUGGAAAAGGCAAAAACGUUGGGAAGAAAAACAAGGAAGAAAAGGAAACUAAAGGACUGAAACUAGAAGGACUCAAGUGCUAUUUCUGCAAGAAGUUUGGCCAUAUGAAGAGGAAUUGCUACAGGUACAAGCGUUGGUUGGAUAAGCAAAAGGCUAAAGGUAAGACUGAUCAAGUAUAUGUUUGUUUUGAGACUAAUGCAAUUGAGAUUUCUUCAGAUUCAUGGUGGUUAGAUAGUGGUGCAUCAGUUCAUGUGGCUAAUUCCUUGCAGGGGUUCAAAACAAAGAGGCUGCCAAGCAAGGCUGAGAUGAAGGUGUUCGUGGGAAAUGGAGAAAGAGUCAAGGUGGAAUACAUUGGAUUAGCUAGGAUUGAGUUAGAAUCUGGUUUUGUUUUGGAAUUAGUAGAUGUAGUUUAUAUUCCUUCUAUGAAAAGGAAUCUUAUUUCAGUUAGCAAGUUUGUAAAGUCAAACUUACAGUUUGAGUUUGAUGAGUCUGGGUUCUCCAUUUUUAGAAAUAAAGUUAUGAUUGGUAAUGGUUUUCUAAAUGAUGGAAUGUUUCGAUUAAACUGCAAACCAAAUCCCAGCACUGGAAAUCUAAGCAUCAAUGUGAUAAGCACUAAAAGAAAAGCAGAAAAAGAAGAAUCUUAUAAACUUUGGCACAAGAGAUUAGGACAUGUCUCAGCUGAAAGAAUGAAUUUGCUUAACAAAGAAAAUCUGUUGCCACCACUUAACCACCAUGACAAAGACAGUGUUUGCAUAGAAUGUGUUAAAGGAAAAUUGACAAAUUUGAGAAAGAAAGGUGCUACAAGAAGUGAAAAAGUGAUGGAAAUCAUACAUACAGACAUUUGUGGUCCUUUUCCCACUCAAACACAUGAUGGUUUUAAGUAUUUCAUAACCUUCACAGAUGAUUACUCUCGAUAUGGUUAUGUGUACUUAAUAUCUGAAAAAUCCAAUGCACUGGACAUGUUCAAAGUCUAUAAAGCAGAAGUGGAAAACCAGUUGGAUUCAAAAAUCAAAGUAGUAAGGUCGGCCAGAGGAGGAGAAUUUUAUGGUAAAUUUGAUGAGAGAGGAAGGAACCCUGGACCUUUUGCCAAAUUUCUACAAGAAGAAGGUAUAGUGGCUCAAUACACUAACCCAGGCACACCACAACAAAAUGGAGUGGCAGAGAGACGAAAUAGGACCUUGAUUGAGAUUAUUAGGAGCCUAAUGUGCUGCACAAAGCUUCCAAAAUUUCUUUGGGGAAAGGCUUUAAAAACUGCAAAUUAUUUGCUAAAUCGAAUUCCUACCAAAAGUGCAGACAAAAUUCCUUAUGAAACAUGGUGCAAUAGAAAGCCUAGUCUCUCACAUCUUAAAAUCUGGGGAAGUAAGGCAGAGGCAAAGUUCUACAAUCCAAUGGAAAGGAAACUAGAUUCCAAGACAUUAAGCUGUUUUUUCAUUGGAUAUCCGGAUAGAACAAAGGGGUACAGGUUCUAUUGUCCCAACAACAGCACAAGAUUCAUGGAAACUCAAAGAGCUAUUUUUAUUGAAGAUGAAAUUGAAUAA